CGUUGGAGCUCGCAAUUCUCUCUCUUUUCAGCAAAUGCAGGGGCAGAACGUGUCUUACUUUCUGGAUUUUUCGUUUCUUUCGAUGAACUGACUCGUAAUUCGUGCUGAGGGUAUUUCGUGUGAGGACAUUAUCGUAUUUGUGACGAGGUUUUAGAAAUUCGGUGCUCGAAUUCGUCGAGCGAGGCUUGGAAGAAUUGAAUUUCGUGUUUGCGUUGUAAAUUCGUUGAUCUCUUAGAAAUUCUCUCGGUAGGACGAUUUUGGGGUCUUGUAUAAGGGGUUUCGGAAUCAUGUUGUCUGCAGUGUCGCCUUCGACCGCUGCUCGUAGCUGCCUGGAAGAAAUGCUGGAGUCGCUCCGGCUAAGGGGGGAUGAUCGGGCGAAGGACAUACCCCCAGCAUUGCCCACUCGCCCCACCUCAAGAGCUCGGCUUCCCACGGCAAGAAUGUCGUUACCCUUUAACCUUAAAAUUGGCGAUUCUGAUAAGGAGUACCUGCCAAAUGUUUCUAAAGAAAAGGAAGAGAAGAAGAAGGAUCGAAUUCUUCGCAGGGGAGACAGGGAAUCAGGCUCCAAACGUGUCAGUUUUGGAAGCAAAAAGAUGCUCGUCAACCGGCCCUCAGAAUCUCCCUAUGGUAGUACAGAUUUUAAUCAUGCAGCUGCACCUUCGACAUUGCCACAAUCACUCGAGGAACCUGAGUUGGGGGACAAUAUUAGCUAUUUUCUGAAGAAGAAACUUCGGGUUUGGUGUCGGCUCUCAAAUGGCCAGUGGGAGUCAGGAAAGAUUCAAUCUACUUCUGAGGAGGAUGCUGUUGUUUUGCUUUCAAAUAGCAGUGCUGUGACAGUGCCCAUAGGAGAUCUCCUUCCCGCGAACCCUGAUAUCCUUGAGGGUGUCGAUGAUCUCAUACAGCUUAGUUACUUGAAUGAGCCUUCGGUUCUUCACAACCUUCGAUACAAUUAUUGUCAUGAUAGGAUUUAUAGCAAAGCAGGGCCUGUUUUGAUUGCAACCAACCCCUUUAAAUCUGUCCAACUUUAUGGGAAUGAUUUUGUCACAGCAUAUAGGGAGAAACUUAUGGACAGUCCUCAUGUCUAUGCUAUAGCUGAUACUGCCUUCAAUGAGAUGAUGUCAGAAGACAUAAACCAAUCUAUAAUCAUAAGUGGGGAAAGUGGAGCUGGAAAGACUGAAACAGCAAAGGUUGUGAUGCAAUAUUUGGCUGCACUUGGAGGUGGCAGUGGAAUAGAGUUUGAAAUUCUUCAGACGAAUUAUGUAUUGGAAGCAUUUGGCAAUGCAAAAACGUCCAGGAAUGACAACUCUAGUCGAUUUGGGAAGCUGAUUGAAAUUCAUUUUAGUAGAACAGGGAAAAUUUGUGGUGCUAAGGUUCAAACUUUUCUGCUGGAGAAGCAGUCUAGAGUGGUUCAGCUAGCUAAGGGAGAGAGGUCAUACCAUAUCUUCUAUCAACUUUGUGCUGGUGCCCCAUCAUCUCUAAAAGAACGGUUGAACCUGAAAACCGCGAGCGAGUAUGAUUAUCUCAAGCAGAGCAAUUGCUUGACAAUUGUUGAUGUUGAUGAUGCUCAGAAGUUUCAUAUUCUAAUGGAAGCAUUAAAUAUUGUUCCACUUGGCAAAGAAGAUCAAGAAAAUAUAUUUGCAACACUUGCGGCCAUUUUAUGGCUCGGAAACAUUUCCUUUCAAAUAAUGGAUAAUGAAAAUCAUAUCAAUGUGGUGGCAGAUGAAGCUGUGUCAAGUGCUGCAAAGUUGAUGGGUUGCAAAGACCAUGACCUAAUUUUAGCUUUAUCUACUCAUAAAAUUCGAGCCGGCAAUGAGGAUAUUGUACAAAAGUUAACACUACGGCAGGCCAUUGAUACAAGGGAUGCAUUGGCGAAAUCCAUCUAUGCAAGCUUGUUUGACUGGCUUGUUGAACAAAUCAACAAGUCACUUGAAGUAGGGAAACAGUGCACAGGGAGAUCCAUUAGUAUCUUAGAUAUCUAUGGAUUUGAGUGUUUUGAGAAGAAUAGCUUUGAACAGUUUUGUAUAAACUAUGCAAAUGAGAGGUUGCAGCAACAUUUCAAUCGUCAUCUCUUAAAACUAGAACAGGAGGAGUAUUCAGAAGAUGGUAUUGAUUGGACACAAGUUGAUUUUGAGGACAAUCAAGAUUGCCUAAAUCUCUUUGAGAAGAAACCAUUGGGCUUACUCUCUUUAUUGGAUGAGGAGUCAACUUUCCCCAAAGCUACUGAUUUGACCCUUGCCAAUAAGCUUAAGCAGCAUUUAGAUGGUAACCCUUGUUUUAAAGGGCAAAGAGGUGGGGCUUUCAGUGUUCGCCAUUAUGCUGGGCAGGUCCAGUAUGAUACAAGUGGUUUCUUGGAGAAGAAUAGAGAUCCCCUACACUCUGAUUCCAUUCAACUUCUUUCAUCAUGUAGUGGUAAACUACCUCAGUUGUUUGCUUCCAAAUUCCUUAAUCAAUCACAGAAGGCAGUAACUCCUACAAGGUGGUCAGGCGCUUCUGAUUCCCAAAGGCAAAGUGUCGGGACAAAGUUUAAGGGUCAACUGUUCAAAUUGAUGCAGCGUUUAGAGAACACCACACCUCACUUCAUUCGUUGCAUAAAACCAAACAGCAAGCAACUUCCUGGUUUGUAUGAACAAGAUCUUGUCUUACAGCAGCUCAGAUGCUGUGGAGUCCUGGAGGUUGUCAGGAUAUCAAGAUCUGGUUACCCAACACGAAUGACACAUCAAAAAUUUGCAAAAAGGUACGGGUUUCUUCUUUCAGAGAAUGGUGUAUCGCAGGAUCCAUUAAGUAUAUCAGUUGCGAUUCUUCAGCAAUUUAAUGUCCCUCCAGAAAUGUAUCAAGUUGGUUAUACAAAAUUAUUCUUCAGAACAGGGCAGAUUGGUGCGCUGGAAGAUAAAAGAAAGCAAAUAUUGGGAGCCAUUCUUAGUAUCCAAAAAUGUUUCCGUGGUCACCUAGCACGCCAUUAUUUCCAUGAUCUCAGGAGAGGAAUGACUACACUGCAAUCAUUUAUCAGGGGUGAAAAUGCAAGAAUGCAGUACCAGCUUUUGACAAAGAAGCAGAUGGCUGUUGUUCUCAUACAGAAGCAUAUGAAACUGCAAUUUGCUCGGAGAACACUUAAUGAUCAGCAGAAUGCAGUCAUAUGUCUGCAAUCUGUUAUACGUGGUUGGCUGGCUAGACGGCAUUUUAAUGAUAUGCAGAAUACAAAAAUAGAAAACCUAAACAACACAAGUUUUGAGAGGAAGCCAGACUGGAAGAUUUCAGAAAUGAAGGUUCUGGACUACGACCAAGUUCAGGCUCAAUCUUCAGUUUUGUUAGAACUUCAAAGACGGGUUUUGAAGGCAGAAGCAGCACUAGGAGAAAAGGAAAAGGAAAAUGCUGCAUUGCGGCUGGAACUUAAGCAAUUUGAGAUGAGGUGGUCAGAUUACGAGGCAAAGAUGAAAUGCAUGGAGGAGAUGUGGCAAAAACAGAUGACAUCUUUGCAGAUGAGUCUAGCUGCAGGCAAGAAGAAUCUUGCAGCUGAUGACAUUGCAGCCCAACCUGGAAGGCCCGAUGUUUCACCAUUGCAUCACUAUUAUGAUUCUGAUGAUACUACUAUGUCUGUGGGGACCUGUACUGGUGGCAGCACCCCUGCCAAGUUUCCCAAUCGCACAUCUGACUUUACACCAAGACGAGGAUCUACUGGUGGGCUCAAUGCAGUGAACCACCUGGUAAAGGAGUUUCAGCAACGGAAGCAGGUAUUUGAGGACGAUGCAGGGUUCAUUGUAGAGGUCAAGUCAGUGCAGUCUGGUUCCAGCCUGAACCCUGAAGACGAGCUCCGGAAGCUCAAGCUCAGGUUUGUGACAUGGAAGAAAGAGUUCAAGUUUCAAUUAAGGGAGACAAAGGCAACACUUAAAAGGCUUAGGAACUCAGAAGCGGAGAAGAACCGUAAGAAAUGGUGGGGGAGGAGCAUGAAAUUCGGGUAAAAUAUUGUAUUUUAUAAAUAUUUUUGUCAUCUUUACUGGCUCAGUUUGAGGCUGUGCAACCUGCACUGGCCAGUUUACAAUGCGUAAACAGCCAGGUUUCUUGCGGGGCAUGGACAGAAACAGAGCUUUUUUAGAAGCUGUGGGCAGCAAUUGAUUAAAAUGAUUCACAAAUGUUCUGUUCACCAUUUUCUGGUGCGGUUCCCAUUUUCCUGCCAGCAUUUGUGAUGUGAGAGGAUGAAGGGUAGGGGAGGGAGGGGUUUGCAUUCGGUUGUAUAUCUACCAUUUUUGUUACUUUGUUGGAAAGUAAUCGAAAAUAGGUGUUU